CCUCAAACCCGGCAAGAACCGCCAUGCUCCAAUUUGCUUCCAUCCACUAUGCAUUUUAGGCUAAGAUUUUUUCUUGCACGCGCCGCCAGGAAAUCAAUCGCUAUUUCGCCCACUUCAGUUUCGCCGAGCCCAAGAGCUGCACUUACCGGCGGCUAUACUACCGUAGCUAACGUUGUCGGAAAAUCUCGAAAUUCCCGUUGGUUUGAGCAGCAAAUCUUACCUUUUUACUCCGUUUUGGUUGGACGUGAGUUCUCCAGCUAUGCUGUCGAGCAGUUCUCGGACGAUGAAUACGAAUGCGAUUACGAAAAUCAUCCAGCUUCAUCAUCCGUGGCGAAUAUUGAUGAGUGGAAAUGGAAACUUAGCAUGUUGUUACGAAGUGAUGAGGAUCAAGAAAUAGUAUCGAAAGAUAAAAGGGACAGGAGAGACUUUGAACAAAUAUCCAGGCUUGCCAAACAAAUGGGGCUUUACUGUGAACUAUAUGGAAAAAUUGUUGUUGCAAGCAAAGUUCCUCUUCCCAACUACAGACCAGAUCUGGAUGAUAAGCGGCCUCAGAGGGAGGUUGUGAUCCCAUUGAGCUUACAAAGAAGGGUGGAGGGUUUGCUCCAGGAGCAUCUCGACAGAGCAACUGUGUAUUCUGAAAAAGAAAGCGAUGCUUCAGAUGAAACGAUAACCAAUAAUCACCUCGAAAAUGUGGAUACUGCUGAGCAUGCAGAUUCAUUCCUUGAUGAUUCGGUUAUGGAGAAAGUUCUUCAGAGGCGGAGCCUGCGCAUGCGCAAUAUGCAGAGAGCUUGGCAGGAAUCACCAGAAGGUAGGAGGAUGAUGGAAUUCAGGAAGUCUCUCCCUUCAUUCCGGGAGAAGGAAAGGCUUCUUCAAGCAAUAGCAAGAAAUCAGAUACAAUGUUUUUCAUCCCUCUCCCUCUGCAAUCCCUUUCUGUAUGUUGUUGGUUUCUCUGAGAAGAAGUUGGAGAAUAAGUUGUAUUUUGCUGAGACUUGGGUUAGGUCCAGCUUUCUGGUUGUAGUGAUUUCUGGUGAGACCGGAUGUGGUAAGACCACCCAGCUUCCUCAGUAUAUUUUGGAGUCAGAAAUAGAGUCUGGUCGGGGAGCAUUUUGCAGCAUAAUAUGUACACAGCCUCGAAGAAUAUCAGCCAUGACAGUUUCAGAACGAGUUUCUUCUGAGAGGGGAGAACCUCUUGGUGAAUCGGUUGGUUAUAAAGUACGAUUGGAGGGAAUGAAAGGCAAGAAUACACAUUUGCUCUUUUGUACCAGUGGAAUUUUACUCCGUAGGCUAUUGAGUGAUAGGAAUCUGGAUGGUAUAACUCAUGUGUUUGUUGAUGAAAUCCAUGAGCGUGGCAUGAAUGAAGAUUUCUUGUUGAUUGUCUUGAAGGAUCUUCUUCCUCGUCGCCGGGAUUUAAGAUUGAUUCUGAUGAGUGCCACGCUGAAUGCCGAUCUGUUUUCUGGUUAUUUUGGUGGAGCACCUAUGAUCCACAUUCCCGGCUUCACAUACCCUGUAAGAGCCCUUUUUCUGGAAGAUAUACUCGAAAUAACGGGGUAUAGAUUGACUUCAUUCAAUCAAAUAGAUGAUUAUGGCCAAGAGAAGAUGUGGAAAACGCAGAGACAAUUAGCUCCUCGAAAAAGGAAAAAUCAAAUCACUACUCUUGUUGAGGUGGGCACCUGUUGCUAUGUGCUCAAUAUUAGACUGCUGAUAAUGCUCUGUGAUUCUUUCGUGGUUUUGGUUACUUUAAUUGAUUACUUAGAAGCUCUGAAUAAAUCAAAUUUUGGGAGUUAUAGCACUAAGGUUCACGAGUCAUUGUCAUCCUGGACACCUGAUGGUAUUGGGUUUAAUCUCAUCGAGGCUGUAUUGUGUUAUAUCUGUCGCAAAGAACGUCCUGGUGCAGUGUUAGUAUUCAUGACUGGUUGGGAGGAUAUUAGUUGUUUGAGAGAUCAACUAAAAGCUCACCCUCUCUUAGGUGACCCUAAUAGGGUCCUGCUGCUUACGUGCCACGGCUCAAUGGCCACCUCUGAACAAAAACUCAUAUUUGAGAAACCACCGCCCAAUGUUCGCAAAAUUGUACUUGCAACGAAUAUGGCUGAGGCAAGUAUCACAAUCAAUGACAUAGUUUUUGUUGUUGACUGUGGAAAAGCUAAGGAGACUACUUAUGAUGCGCUAAAUAAUACACCGUGUUUGCUACCUUCAUGGAUAUCCCAAGCAUCUGCUCGUCAGAGAAGGGGUAGGGCUGGCCGAGUUCAGCCAGGCGAGUGCUACCACCUCUAUCCGCAAUGUGUUUAUGAAGCUUUUUCCGAAUAUCAGCUUCCUGAACUCCUAAGAACUCCCCUGAAUUCUCUAUGCUUGCAAAUUAAAAGCCUACAAGUUGAAAGCAUUGGAGAUUUUCUUUCUGCUGCUCUUCAGCCGCCCAAACCAUUGGCUGUGCAAAAUGCUAUUGAUUUUUUGAAGAUGAUUGGUGCAUUAGAUGGUGAUGAGAACCUUACACAUCUAGGAAAGUUCUUGUCAGUGCUUCCAGUGGAUCCUAAGCUAGGGAAAAUGCUAAUCAUGGGUGCUAUUUUUCGAUGCUUUGACCCUAUAUUGACAAUUGUGGCCGGUCUGAGCGUUAGAGAUCCUUUCCUUUUGCCACAAGAUAAGAAGGAUUUAGCUGGGUCUGCCAAGUCGAGAUUCUCGGCAAAGGAUUACAGUGAUCACAUGGCUCUUGUGCGUGCAUAUGAAGGAUGGAAAGAUGCAGAAAGAGAAGGAUCUGCUUACGAGUAUUGCUGGAGGAACUUUCUCUCGCUUCAAACUCUUCAAGCUAUCCAUUCCCUUCGCAAACAGUUCACCUACAUUUUGAGAGAUGCUAGAUUGCUCGAGGAAGAUGGAGCAGCUAAUAAUAAAUUAAGUCACAACCAGCCGUUGGUUCGUGCGGUUAUCUGUUCUGGUCUUUUUCCCGGUAUUGCAUCUGUAUUGCACAGGGAGACAUCAAUGUCGUUCAAAACUAUGGAUGAUGGGCAGGUUUUACUCUAUGCGAAUUCUGUGAAUGCGCGUUACCAAACAAUACAUUACCCGUGGUUGGUUUUCGGUGAGAAGGUGAAAGUAAAUACCGUGUUCAUACGCGAUUCAACAGGAGUAUCUGAUUCUAUUUUGAUCCUCUUUGGUGGUAAACUCGAAGACAAUACCAUGGCAGGACAUUUGAAAAUGUUGGAAGGAUACAUCGAAUUCUUCAUGAAUCCAAGUUUGGCCGAGUGCUACGUGAAACUUAAGGAGGAGCUAGAAAAGCUCUUGCAAAAGAAGCUUCAAUAUCCAAGCAUCGACAUCCACAAGGAAGGCAAGUACAUCAUGCUUGCCGUUCAAGAACUUGUCUCGGGGGACCAAUGUGAAGGCAGAUUUGUUUUCGGCCGCGAAAGCAAGAAACAGAGGGAGCCCGGGGACAAAAAGGACCGAUUCACGAAAGACGGUACAAACCCGAAGAGCUUGCUCCAGACCCUGUUGAUGAGAGCCGGCCAUUCCCCACCUAAGUACAAAACAAAGCACCUCAAGACAAACGAGUUUAGGGCUUUGGUGGAGUUUAAGGGCAUGCAGUUUGUGGGGAAGCCGAAGAAAAAUAAGGCCCUGGCUGAGAAAGAUGCGGCUAUAGAGGCUCUGGCCUGGUUGACUCAUACUUCUGAGAAUACUCAGCAUGAAGAUGACAAUACAACGCCAGAUGUCACGGACAACAUGCUCAAACUUCUUGGAAGGCGGAGGAGGUCGAAACGGAAUGCUCAUUAAGGGUUGACUUGCUUGGUUGACUUUGGCAAAACGAGCGAGAGUCAUGUAAUCCACAUUUUCCUCAUGUGUAGAUAUGGAUAUUUCCCUUGAAGACAGCAAAAGUUUUGUUCUUGAGAUCACUUUAGAAGUUAGAAGCCUUGUUUACUCUCAGAAUAUAUUGUGUUGUUAAUCUAUUUGUUGUUUGGAUUUGCCCACAUGUAUAUGGGUUUUGGUUAAUAUUGAAACAAUUACUCGAUGUCAUAGGCCAAGAGAAUGGAUAUUAUUUAGUCAAACUUUCGGAUGGCUAAUGGCUAGGGCAUUGCAAUAAAGGUUGGUCAUUU